AAUAGUAAUGGGCUGUAGAAAACAAAUCUGUAACUUGGGUUGCAAUUAAAACUGAAUUAGGAGGCUUUAAACAUAAAUCACAGAAAGGGAGUUGAUCAAAUCUGGCAACCCAGCAACUCACUCAGGCUUGUUUUUUUUAGCACCACUGGUACAGGACACAGCAGGCUUGGCAUUUGGGACAGCUCUGGCUAUACAGAAAAUAAACUACCCUGAUUAAAGAUAAGCAAAAUCCAUGCUUUUUAAUGUCAACUGGAGAGUGCUAUCAAGAAUAUCAGAACUAGAGAUCUAAAGAAUUACUAGCUACUGACCCAUGGAACCUAUAUAUGCCACCGGAGUAGCUGCUCGACUGAGGAGUGAGUGGGACCGCAAUGAAGGUCUUGGUCAGAAUGAUAGGGCUCUGAAGUUCCUCGGUCAAGACUUUGAGUCUUUGCGUGCCAGCUGCCUCCAGAGUGGCCGUUUAUAUGAGGAUGAAACCUUCCCAGCCAAACCUUCCGCACUAGGAUUCAGGGAGUUGGCACCCGGCUCUGCCAAAACCAAAGGGGUUUGCUGGAUGAGACCCACGGAGUUCUGUACUGACCCACACUUCAUUGUAGAUGGAGCCACUCGCACGGACAUCUGCCAAGGAGCUCUAGGGGACUGUUGGCUGCUGGCGGCCAUUGCAUGUCUUACUCUGAAUGAGCCACUGCUUCGCCGUGUGGUACCUCAUGGCCAGAGCUUCCAUCAACAAUAUGCUGGAAUCUUUCACUUCCAGUUUUGGCAGUUUGGGGAUUGGGUAGAUGUAGUGAUUGAUGACCGGCUGCCAGUCAGAGAUGGGAAGCUUCUGUUUGUCCACUCAGCUGAAGGGGCGGAGUUCUGGAGUGCACUAGUCGAGAAGGCAUAUGCCAAGUUAAAUGGUUGUUAUGAGGCACUCUCUGGAGGCUGCACCUCUGAAGGUUUUGAGGAUUUUACCGGUGGUGUUACAGAAAUGUAUGAACUAAAGAAAGCUCCAGCCAACCUCUUCAGCAUCAUCCGAAGAGCUGUAGAAAGAGGAUCUCUAAUGGGUUGCUCUAUAGAUAUCACAGGUUUCUUUGACAUGGAGGCAGUCACCUUCAAAAAGCUUGUGAAAGGCCAUGCCUAUUCUGUUACAGGAGUGGAAGAGGUGGAAUUUAAGGGAAAGCUUGUAAAGCUGCUUCGCAUCCGAAACCCCUGGGGAGAGGUGGAAUGGACUGGAUCCUGGAGUGACACUUCCAAGGAGUGGAAUGGGAUUGACCCUUCCUUAAGGGAACGUAUGCAUAAUUGCUGCGAAGAUGGAGAGUUCUGGAUGUCAUUCAAUGAUUUCAUGAAGGAGUUCAGCAGGUUGGAGAUCUGUAAUCUGACAGCUGAUGCACUGCAAAGCAGUGAGCUGAAGAAGUGGAAUUCGGCCCUGUACCCAGGAGAGUGGAGGAGAGGCAGCACGGCUGGAGGCUGCAGGAACUACCCAGCAACAUUUUGGAUCAACCCCCAGUAUAAAAUCGCACUAAAAAACCCAGACACUGAGGGCCAAGAUGGCUGCAGUUUUCUGGUGGCACUAAUGCAGAAGGAUCGGCGGCUGUUACGACAACAGGGCAAAGACAUGGAAACGAUUGGAUAUGCCAUUUAUGAGGUUCCCAAAGAGUUUCUGGGCAGCACAGGUGUGCAUCUGAAGCGUGACUUCUUUCUCAAGAACACGUCCAGCGCUCGCUCCGAGCUGUUCAUCAACCUUCGGGAGGUGAGCUCACGCUUCUGUCUGCCUGCAGGGGAGUACAUCAUUGUUCCCUCCACCUUCGAACCAAACAAAGAGGGCAAUUUUGUGUUGAGGGUUUUCUCUGAAAAAGCCACAGAAUCUGAGGAACUUGAUGAUGAGCUUUCUGCAGAUCUACCAGAGGAGCCCGUACUACAGGAGAGUGAGAUUGAUGAAGGAUUUAAAGGUCUUUUCGUCAAGCUUGCUGGAAAGGAAAUGGAGAUUGAUAUACCAAAGCUGCAGAUGAUUCUAAACCGCGUUGUAAACAAACACAAGGACAUAAAAACAAAUGGCUUUGAGAAGGAGGCCUGCAGAAGCAUGAUUAAUCUCCUGGAUACAACUGGCAAAGGAAGGUUGGGCUUAAGAGAUUUUCAUGUGCUUUGGGAGAAGAUUAAACAAUAUCUUACAGUGUUUAGAGAAUUUGACUUGGACAAGUCGGGCACUAUGAACUCCUAUGAAAUGCGUCUGGCUUUAGAAGCCGCAGGUUUCAAGCUGACCAACCACAUUUUCCAGUUAAUAAUCUUGCGUUAUGCUAAGCAGGACAUGAAUGUGGACUUUGACAGCUUUGUGACUUGUCUGAUCCGCCUGGAGAGCAUGUUCAAGACAUUUAAAACCAUGGACACAGAUGCAGAUGGAGUGGUGUCCUUCAGUUUCUCCCAGUGGAUCUCCCUUACCAUGUUUACAUAGAUCUAUGUUUUUCUUUUUCACUGCACUUAAAUCUUAAGCAUGUCAAAGAUUGUG